AUGUCGCUCCAGCAAGACCGGUCUCAGCGUGCCAAGACGGCUGGACCGGGGAGCGGCAGGGGCGCAGGCGGUGAGAGCCGCUACACUGCUGCAACGGGCACAUUAGCAUCUGCCUUCUCCAUUGAGCGCCUCGACAGCUUCGACGAGGUCGAGUAUUUCGAUCCUCACGAUGUCUACAAACUCCUUGCACCGGGCCUGAUCCCCCGCCUGCCGCUGCGCGACCUCAACUGGCAAUCGCACGCCGGUCCUCUGCGGUCGAUCAGCACUCUUCAUAUCGAACUCGUCCCUGCCGGAGUCGACUACUCGGCCAUCGUCACCCCGCAGGCCUCUCCCAACCCCAAGACCCCAGCCGCGUCCGACACUGCCUCCACGGCUAGCCGCGACGAUGGUUUUCAGACUGCAGCAGUUGGUGCAAGGGCUGGCUCGACGGAGCAGCACGCGGAUCCCGCCGGAGGCACCCUGCGUCCCCCGCCCACGGGCGCUGCGAAGGAACGGAGGCACCAGAUCCCUGGCUUGCGCAGGACCCCUUACCUCAAAGUGCUGCUGGUGAGGUGCGACGACAAUGAAACGUACAAGUCGACAACAAGGGCCGAGAUCCGCGAGUGGAUCAAGGCGAACACAGCUGGCUCUCAGGGGAAGACGGGCAGCAACGCAGAAAACCAUGACGCCUUCGAAUGGCUCAUCGUCCACGUCGUGCUGCCUAACUCGACCGCCGCCACACAACCGCGCGUUUCCGGAAGAUCACCAGACUCGGGUUCCGACGGCAAAACGGCAUCCCGCUGGCGCGGCGGGUCGAGUACCCUGCUGGAGAAGCUGCGCGCCGACUUCAACAGCUCCGCCAAAGGCGCCGUCGACCGUGUCUGCCAGAUCCGCAUUGGCAUCAACGAUGUGCCGUAUAACAUGCUCCCUCGCGUUGUUCCGGCCGUUCCAACCGGAUACACCGAGACCGAGCAAGACGCCGAAAAGGCCUGGGCCGACCUGAUUGCCAAGUUCAAGGAACUCAUUCUGUUGAGCUUCGAUCGCCGCGUCACCCAGUAUGAGGAGGACAUCAAGGAGCGAGAUGCUCAGAGAAGUCUUCCCGGCUGGAACUUUUGCACUUUCUUCAUCCUCAAGGAGGGCCUGGCUCGCGGCUUCGAGAGCGUUGGCCUGGUUGAAGACGCUCUCGUCGUCUAUGACCAGCUAAGCGUCGGUUUGGACAACAUCAUCCAGGAACAGGCGAUUGCGGGGUCCGCGGAGGCACACGGCGGCGCGCUGCUGAGCUACACCCAAGAUCUUAAGGAGCGCGCGCAAAAGGCCAUGGCUGAGAUUGCCGGCGGACAUCUCGAGUUCGAAGAAAGCGAGGCCGUCGACCUCCAAGCUGGCGAAAAGAAACGGCUCGAGAACGACAGCAUCCCCAUUAGCUCGUCAAAGAAGCCGUACCGAGAUCUCAUCCUGGCGAACAAGGUGUCGCUGCUGGACUUUAGGUGCUAUAUCUUUGCCCGCCAGAUCACGCUCCUCCUCCGCCUGGCCAAUGCGUGGUCGUCGCGCGAGGAGCUCCUGGCCAAGUUGAAAGAGCAACAGGAGCUCGUUCCGAAGGGGGUCGCGCCGCGGACACCGGCUCCCAAAUUGACUGAGGAGCCCGAAAAUCUCUGGCACCUGGCAGAGAUCUGCAAGCGGACCCUUGAAUUCGUGCCCGCUGUGUCGUCCGUCAUGAGGAGCGACAUCAUAGCAGCCAUGGAGUCCGAGGCCAAAGACGAAGGAGCCAAAGCAGACUCCGAAGUCUCCUCGGACCCACUGCUAUCGGAGGUCAUUGACAACAUGGUCGCCUCGUUCGCUUUCUCCGUUGCCCAGCAAAUUCUCGCACAGACGUCCACAAAAGCGCUUCCCAUCCCACCUUCUACCCUCGGGGGGCCCGAUUCCGAGCAGAAGGCCUCGAUUCCGGAGCCAAAGACCAUGAUGCACCCGGCACGGAGCUCGUCACUUCAUACGCAGGGCCCUCAGGCUCCUCCACGAAGUCCUAUCGGUUUCCCUGGGCCCGGCCGCUCUGAGGGUGUUCCGGCCCCCCCCUAUGCAAAGGCGGGCCUUGAGGAACUUGCCGCGCAACGGGCAGAGCUAUGCGCUCUGUCUAGAAAUAUUCUUGAGGAGUGCGGAAAGAAGAGAGGAUGGACAGAUGGCUGGGCAUCCGUGCCGACCGUGGGCGAGACCGGUAUUGCCGAUUUCGAGGACGUGAGCUUAGCCGACGGUGACGGCGAAUCCGAGCCCAAGCGUGAGGCUCCUGAACGGCUGCAAACCUCGGUGGCUGGCGUGGACAACGCCCUCUUGCGAACGGCCCUCGACAACAAGGACGACUUCUACCGCCUGUACGAGACGCUGGUUGAUAAGACACUGCGUCACUACACGGUGGCCAACCACACGCAUGCGGUCCAGGCCAACAUGGCCGACCUUGCGGUCCUCAAGUUCCACCUGGGCGAACUCAAAGAGGCUGCAUUCUACUUUUACAGGGUCAUACCCUUUUACGGCGACAAUGGAUGGAGUCUCCUUGAAUUGUCCAUGCUUGUCAUGUACGCGCGGUGUCUGAAGGAGCUCAAGAGAUUAGACGACUAUGUCAACAAGGCAUUGCGCCAGCUUCUUUGCAAAGCGGCGGCCGCGGAGAGGGAUAGGCGACAGCAGGGGUCGCAGUUCCGGCUCAGCCUCACGUCACCUACCCAAUAUCCCGAGCCCUCAGCGAUAUCCGGCUUCCUGGCCGACUUGUUGGAGGUGUCGGCAUCUCUUGAGAAAGAAGUCAAGAUUCCGUUGACGAAUCUCUUUUGCGACUUGAGUCUCGACGGCCCGCCUUUUUACGAGGACGGUCAGGACUGCUUCUCCCUCUUCCUCGACCUCAACAGCUUGCUAGUUGACGAGUUCGAGGCGACUUCGGUCAGCGUCCGAAUAUCGAGUCCAACUGCGGCGAAUAAGGAGAUCUGGCUGCAGACAAAGGGCCCCGUAACCAUCCGGCCCGGGCCGAACAAGGUGAAAGUGCGAAGCACUGUAAUGAUGACAGGCGCGUUUGAGGUGGACCAAGUCCGCUUGGUCAGCAACAAGGUGCUUCUGCACUAUGAACGAGACGCUUUCCAGUCCGUGGAAAAUGACUCGGCGGUGCUCAAGAACCCGCGUGUCAAUCUGUAUCAGCGCGCCAGUUGUCUCGAUGUACAGCUUUUGGCGGCUCGAGACAUCCAGCUGGAUAAGAAGAAGUCGUUAGACCUUGAGGUAACGACAGGGUGGAACGAAAUCACAAGCUGCGAGAUCAAGAUCAAGUCUGCCACUGGCGGAUUGAGGCUGGUCAUGAGUGAGGCGGAAGUGAUUGGGCUGCCGCAGCCAACAGCUUCGCAAGGUGGCACCUUCACAUUCGGCUCGAUUGGGGCCAACAGCUCGAUCAAAAUCAGGUUUCCAUUUACUGUUGAGACCGACGUGAUGGACGUGACAGUACGAGCCGAGGUGACAUAUACGACCGCCAAAGGCACCUUCACCUUCUUCAAGGCAUCGUCGGUACCGAUCUCGCUCGCUCUGGAGGUCAACGUCCAGGACAUCUUCAAACACGAGGCCCUCUUCUCGAGGUUCGCCGUGUCAACCGCCAGCGCCAGUCCGCUGCGGCUGCUCAAGAGCGAGCUUCUCGGUUCGGACCUGUUCGAGUCGCACUUUGGCCAGCCCUCGAGCCACCCGGUCGUGGUGUACCCGAAGCAGCCAGCCAGCCUCCUCUACAAGAUCACGCGCAAGCCGGAGGUGAAGCUCGGUCCCAAGGUCCAAAAGACGCUGUACCUCAAGCUCUAUUAUACGGUGGUCCGAGACGAGAUCGAGCUGCUCUUUAAGCAGGCUCUCACCGCCGCGCUCGAGUCCACGCCUCUGAGGGAGUUCUCUAAAGUGCUCGUGUCUCAGGUUCUCAGCGCCGUUCGGAAUGACCUCUCCGCAGAUGACCUCGAACAGGCCACCCUCCUCGGCGAGCUCCCUACAUCGUUUCUCUCAGGUAUCAACUGGGAGAAACAGCUCCCCAGCCUCGGUGCUAGCAGCGAUAGCGGCACGCCCAGCUUGCCAGCCUUCUUUCGCAGUUGGCUCCGCGCCCACCCUAGCUUGCCGCUCCCGCACCCUUCCUCCCCGAGCCCUUCGGCGCCGGAGGUUACCAACACGAUCCUCAUCCCCGUCGACAUCCCGUCGGUAUCCGUCGUGCACACGGCCGACCUGCGCCUGCAGCAGCCCCUGCCGACGGUGACCUCGAGCUUGGGGGAAAGCGAUGAGGGAUGCCCGACCGUGCUGGUCAACCAGCUCCUGCCGGCAACCCUGCAGCUGAAGUGGACGCGCAUCUGGGACACGGCCGAAACGGCGGCGUCCAACCAGCCAUCUGCCGUGGCAGACCCGGCGACAGUGGCAUCAAGAGAUCGCGACCUGGAGUUCGAGUACGAAAUUGUCGCUCCGUCGGAUACGUGGCUUGUGGGCGGCAGGAGGAAGGGGCAUUUCGUGAUUCCCGCUGUUGAGUCUUCAUCUCUGGCCGAUGGUGAGGUGUUCGGGAUAAGCUCGACACCGGAGACGGAGGCGGAGAUCCCGGUGACCCUGAUCCCCUUGAGGGAGGGCUACUUGCCGUUUCCAGGGGUGGAAAUCCGGGAGGUCGAUGUUAGCGGGCAGCGCGAUGGUGGUGGUGAAGGCAAAGCCGGGUAUGGCCAAUGCGAGACGGAUUUUAGGAACCUGGGUGAGACAGUCCGUGUAGUGGCAGAUAGGGGGAAGGUUACGGUGAGCCUGGAUGCAAGUGGGACGUCCGGGGGCCCGUUGGUGCUCGAAUCUGAGGGCUGGGCAGGGAGUGCGGGCAGCGUAAUUGUUUGAGCGUGACGGAUAUAAGUGUCGAGCCUCGAUUUUGGAGUGUUUUGGAGAGUGUCUAGACGGUGAUGGGUACCAUGAAACGGACGAUACCGAUUUCAGAGACU